UACAACUUAUACAUUACAAUAAAAAGAUUGGUUGCAUUGAUGGUCUCGUAUUUGGCAUCAACUUUAAAGUUUGAUUAGACUAUAAUAUCAAGAGCUCUAAAAAAAUUGGUUUCAUAUGAUAAAUUUCAUUUUAUUAGUUGUUUUAUUCACUUAUCAUUUCAGUCAAAAUGGUGGACAGGAGUAAUUAUCAAUUUUUCAAAUUACAAUUUUUGCUUUUGAG